UUCUCGGAUACCUCUGUUUGGACUCUACCGGAGCUCACUCUGCAGGAUCGUGGUGAAUAUCAGUGCAUCGUUGUUAGCCCGGCUGGAAAUUCCACUGCUUCUACGUUCGUAGAAACACGAGAACCGGUGCCAGAAAUUACAUCUACUCGUAAUGAAACUGUGGCACGCGGGAACUUGGCAUUUUUGCACUGUCGAACGCAAACUUUACACGCAACAAUUCAGUGGCUCAAAGGCAGUACAGUCGUUAGCAAUACUGCUAAAACGCGGUUAUUCCCGAACGGUACGUUGAUGAUAUACGAUGUAAAUAUGCAAGAUUCCGGUGCGUAUCGCUGUCGCGUGCAAACGUCAGGUGGUCGUGCAGAAGCAGUCAUGUAUUUACGUGUUAUCGAGCCUCCCAAUGUUUUUGUUUCGCCACAAUCGCUGUAUUUCGUUCGUGGACAACCAUUCAAUGUUUCCUGUACUGUAGCCGGUGAUCCUCCACCUGAGCCACAAUGGUUUUUCAAAGGACGUCGGAUUGUACCCCAGCAGCACAAGUAUUACAUCACGUAUAAGUAUGAUCUGAUCGUGCAACGGCCUACCGAUGCGGAUGCCGGUGUGUACGAAUGUCGUGCAUCCAAUGCAGCCGGAACGCAAACAGCAAGCGUUACAGCGCAUAGCGCAACAUCGCCGAAAAUUCGAGUGACCCGUGACCGGCAGAUGAUUGGCCGAGGAGAUCGAGUGGUCCUCGAGUGCAUCAUAGAGCAUGGAACGCCAAAACCGAAAGUGACGUGGUUUCGUGGUGGACGUGAGGUUCUCAGCCAUAGAUAUAUUACAGUUGACGAAGGCCAACUAACCAUUCAGGUUCUUGUUCACUGGUUCUUCCACUGA